AUGACACCCUUCUUUCCCUCGUUUGUAUGGUAAGGUUCUGUGACAUACUGUAAUAUUUUAAACUGAUAUUAGUUGUUCAUGUUUAAGUAUACUGUGGAGUAAUAUAUGUUACAGUAUCUGGUAAAGACUUGCAUUACUGUAUACGAUAGAUUUUAGAAACUAAUUUGAUAUUUAUAAUAGUAAAUUUAGGUACGUCUUAUCGUCGUUACACUCAUGGUCGUACUAUCCAUUCCGAUCGUAUUUACUGUUACCAUUCAGAGAUAUCGACAUAUCAAGGACAUCUACGUUUGCUUAUAACAUAUCUGAUACUAAGAUACUCGACGACUUUUAUACUGUUACAGUAUCUGUAUGUAAUAAAACUGAAAUAUCACCAGAAGUAUCUUUUCAAUACCUCUUCUUUGACAGCUAUGAUACCAAGGUACAAUCGAUAUCAACGUCAGAGUGUUCUUACCAGUGGAAAGCACCAUUCGAGGUAAUACUAAAAGGGUACCAUUUUGCACCGUUAUAUCAAUAUAUAAGGUUGUUCAAAUAAUUCUGCGCUCCUUGGCGAUGCAAAUUUUCGGAGUUAAAGGGCGCGGAAUUAUUUGAACGACCUCAUGGUUAGACUUCUUAGAGAAUUAUAAUGUUAUCGACCUUCUAAGUGUAAAUGUAGCUGCUUAUAAACGAACAUUCUACUACAAUAUACCGUAUUCUAGAGUCAAUUCAAAGUUACAGUCAGAAAAUUCGACGCCCAUAUUGCUACUCAUGAGUACAGUAAAGCUUUUGCAGUAAGAAAUGUGUGGAUAGUAGCAGUAGGUGACUCGUUUUCAUCUGGAGAAGGUAAUCCUGAACAUACGAUGGAGGAGAUACGAUCACAACAUCUGCCGACUUCUUCAUUAUGGUUAUCUACCCGAUGUAGAAGGAGUACAAAGUCAUUUGCUCACAAAAUAUUCAAAAAACACAAAAGUACAAUACCUAAAGAUGUGGUGGCUCACUUCACUUUCUUACCUUGUACUGGUGCUUUGGUACAAGGUGGUACUGUUUCUGUUAUGUCUCAACUGAAAAAGGUUAAGCUACUGAAAGAAAGACUGUAAGCACAUACUUUAAGACAUAUUUCUAGACUGUAAACAGUGAUUUUUAUUACUUAUAUGUCAUAUAUCUUUUAGCAAUCGACCACCUGAUCUAAUGACUGUAACCGCCGGAGGUAACGAUAUUGGGUACUCACAGAUGUUAAGAAGGCUGUUAGCAGGAGAAUCGAACAUCCACCAUAACCUAAACCUCAAAUUAAUGUAUUUAUCCUCAGAACUCGACAUAUUAUAUUCAGCUAUAUAUGACAUACAACCAUGCCAGGUCAUCGUACCAAGUUACUACGACUUUUCAUCGAGUGAGAAGAAGAGAACUGAUGUAAACUGUGAAGAUCUUUCACGUGUAAGUAUUACAUGUACUAAAUCACGUGUACUUUUUAAAUUUUUCAGCUUAUGAAGGUUUAAGACAUCACUUUUAAUGUUGUUUUAGGAUGUUAUUGUUAUGUAGUUUGAUUCAUUAAGGCUAACUAAAUCUAUAACAAAAAAUUUUAAUUUCAGGUGUCCUUCAAAACCUUAAAACAAUCUCAAAAAAAUAAUCCUGAAAAAAGUUAA